AUGGCGACGGUUAUCGAUAAGCCGCGCUUUUAUAAGCCCGCGCAUCCGGCGCGCACCAAGCCGCCGCCCGCAGAUCCGUUGCUGGAGCCGAGCGCUACGGCAGCGCGCCUUGGUCUGCUUGCAUCGUCGGCUGUUUCUAAAGAUGCUUCGGCGCUUCAGUCGCAUGCACAGGCAGGCAUUGAAUUGCAGGCAGCCGCGGAACGCGAUCCUGCCGAGAAAGCGAGGCAGCAGGCCGAGCAGAUCGCGUGGCUCGAUACGGCGCGUAGCGCCUUACAAAAGUCUUUACCGCUGCUUGGCAUUCGUGUAAGCGCGAGAGAAUGCAGUGCGUUGGCGAAGCACGACGCUGUCCACUCCUUCGUGUUCCGCUCGCGCCGCGCAAAGCACAUCUGUGCCGACCCAAUUGGCGAUCCGACUAAGCGUGUGCUGCAGCUUGGCGUAGAAAGGGAGGAGGAGCUGCCGGAAACCGCGCUGGAAGCGAUGCGCGCUGUUGGUGGCGAACUGAUUUCUCAUCCCGUUGAAUUUGGCUACGAUUACUGGACCGUGGACCAAGUGCUCCGUGCAAUUCUUCCCCACGCACUCGAGGAAGGCGCGCCUAGUGCCUUUUCCAUGGUCGGGCACAUUGCACACAUCAAUCUGCGCGAAGAGUAUCUUGCCUACCGCUACUUGAUUGGCCAAGUGAUCCUUGAAAAAACGCCGCGCGUACGCACCGUGGUAAACAAACUCGACACGAUCGACACCGCGUUUCGCGUGUUUGCCAUGGAGCUCCUUGCAGGGGUGCCAGAGUACGAAGCAGAGGUGUCGGAAUCCAACUGCAUUUUCCAGCUGGAUUUCCGUACUGUAUACUGGAAUAGCCGUUUGCACACCGAGCACGCUCGGCUCAUUCAACAGUUCCAUCCGUUCCAAGUCGUCGCGGAUGUGAUGGCCGGUGUGGGACCGUUUGCCGUACCGGCGGCGAAAAAGGGCGCAUGGGUACUUGCGAAUGACUUGAACCCCAACUGCUACGAAAGUUUGCUACGCAACAGGGAGCGCAACCAUGUCGAUACCCAUUUACAGGCCACGUGCCAAGAUGGACGUGCUAUGGUGUGCACUAGUGUGCUUACCGCGUGGAACGCAGUAUACCCAGGAGUGGCGCUACACGACGAGCUCAAGAGUGCACGACAAAGGCGCAAGGAAAAGGGGGCGCCACAGAAGACUGCGCCCAAGGUACAACGACGCCCAAGGCGCCUUGUCGAUCACUUUGUGAUGAACUUGCCCGCGACAGCGCUCGAGUUUCUCGACGCAUACCGUGGAAUCUAUACGCGCUUGGGAGACUCCGUCGGGCACGACGCAUUGACCGCUGAAUUACAUGCGCGGCUCGAAGAUGUAGCGCAGGGCGACCUUGUGGAGCCGCUGCCCAUGGUGCAUGUCCAUUGCUUUACCAAGGACGUGGAAAAUGCAGGCCAGGAUAUCUGUGCGCGCGCGAGCAAGGUGCUUGGUCUAAACGGGGCUGAGUGCCUGACGCCGCCGCUCAAUGACAAGCCAGGCACGCCGGAUUUGUCACUGCACCUGGUCCGUUCCGUCGCGCCUAGCAAAGACAUGUACUGCCUGAGCUUCCGCCUUCCGCGCAGUGUUUUGUUUGAAAAGAAUGCAUAG